AGGGGCAGGAGAGGGAUGGAGGCGACCAGGCUGUCGGGCGAGUCAGAAACGGAGGCAGAGGCCGACGAAGGGUGCGCGGAGCGCAUUGUUCGCGGCGCCUUUCAACAUGGCACCGAUGCCGCCGCGUCGGGGAGACACGAGGAACGCGCGGGCUUCGUCGGGGGUGCAUUAGUGCCAAAUAGAUCCACGUCCACGGAGGGGAAGGCCCCUCCGAGACUCCUCUCUCGAGGCCUCGCGUCGGAGUGCAUCUUUGGAGAGCGCGUCGGAUUUCGGGACACAUCUCGUACGUGGAGAACGCAGGGGAGAAAGAGUGAGGGGAAGAGAAAAGAAAGAGAGAGGGAGAGAAAGAGAGGAGACCGUGCCAUGUCGAGGAAUCGCACGGGGCAGGGACGGCAGGCCAAUCCGGUGGCGGUCAUCCUACCCCGUGUCGAGUGACAUGCUGCUUACGUAACGGAUUAUUCUCGCUAUGAUAACGACACUCCAGACGACGCGAACGCGACACGUCGACGCGAGGAAGCGGCAGCAGCAGCAGCAGCAGCAGCAGCGGCGGAACAGCAUCGUCGACGCGGCGGCGACGGCGCAGCGCGCGACCCCGACGGAAAUACGCCGACCCGGAUCCCGCUGUCGCCGCCUCUGAUACCCGUCGCUCAAACGGACGCCGAGCGUCGCGACGCCCACGUCCUCGCCUCGGCAGCGCGGGGACACGCCUGACCACCCGGGUGCCGAGUGCGAAUUAUGACAGCGGCGGUCGUCAUGGAGAACGUUAACUGGGACCCCGCGUUGUCCAAGCUGCUGAACUCGCUGCAGGAGAACAAGUCGGAAAUUCCCAGCUGCACCGAGGAGGAGUUCGGGUUUCUCAGCGAGCUGCUGCAGUCCAAGGAACUGAACGCCCUGGUGAACGUCCACAACAAGAUCCUCAGCAAUGUCAAGGACGACAAGUUCUUCCCCGUGCUGUCCAACGCGAUGGACAUCGACGUCGAGGUUCUCGAUCUGUUGUCGACCAAAACCCACGCCUCGCCCGACUGCAAGGAGCUGUUUCACUUGCUGCAGAAACCGCACAUCCAGGGUCUCCUCUGCGCUCACGACGCGGUGGCGCAAAAGGACUACUAUCCGAGGCUGCCGGAAAUCCCGUUGGAGGUGGACGAGGACGAGGAAACGGUGAAGAUCGUUCAGCUGGUGAAGUCGAACGAGCCCCUGGGCGACGCCGGCGUUGAACCGAUCGUGGGGGCGACCAUAAAGACCUGCGAGGAAACCGGCAAGAUCGUGAUCGCGCGGAUAAUGCACGGCGGCGCGGCCGACCGGUCCGGUCUCAUCCACGUCGGCGACGAGGUCUGCGAAGUCAACGGCAUCAGCGUCGAGGGCAAGACACCCAGCUUCGUUCUACAUAUUUUGCAAAAUUCAGAAGGGACAAUCACUUUUAAAAUAGUGCCCGCGGACAGCAAAAGCGGAGUCAGGGAGAGCAAGGUUCGCGUGAGGGCACACUUUUCAUACGUGGCGGCCGACGAUCCCUAUAUUCCCUGUAGGGAAGCCGGAUUAGAUUUUGUCAAGGGUGAUGUCCUGCAUAUUGUCAGUCAAGAUGAUGCAUAUUGGUGGCAAGCCAGACGGGAAGGCGAUCGAAAUAUGAGAGCAGGCUUGAUCCCCAGCAGAGCUCUUCAAGAACGUAGGAUCCUCCUCGAAAGGAAGGAGAAGGAGAAGCCGGAUGAAGACAAUAUAAGCUUGUGUUCUGUUCCAGUGCCUUUGCCCACAUUGUGCCCCCGUCCCAGUACCUCUUUGCACGCCUCGCCUACAAAGUGCAACUUGCAGGGAACUAAAACUAAAAAAAUCAUGUAUGACGCUGCAGAGAACGAUGACUUCGAUCGGGAAGAAGUGCCGACCUACGAAGAGGUCGCCAAGCUCUACCCCAGGCCGGGUCUGUACCGGCCGGUGGUUCUCAUCGGGCCACCGGGGGUCGGCAGGAACGAGCUGAAGAGGCGACUUAUGGCCACCGAUACCGAAAAGUACAAGACUCCGGUUCCAUAUACGUCUAGGCCACCGCGAUCAGGCGAGGUAAACGGCAAGGAGUAUCAUUUUAUGACUCGGGAGAAAAUAGAGGAGGACGUCAAAUCUGGGAAGUUUAUCGAGUACGGCGAGUACAAGGGAAAUUUAUACGGCACCAGUUCCGAGAGCGUCAGCUCGCUCAUAAACGCCGGAUACGUGUGUCUUCUGAAUCCUCACUAUCAGGCCCUCAAGAUGUUAAGAACACCGCAACUGAGGCCGUACAUCAUAUACGUGAAACCGCCGACGUUCGAAGUGCUGAAGGAGACCAGAAACGAAGCCCGAGCGAGGUCGACUUUCGAUGAGAACAAUUCUCGGGGAUUCACGGACGAGGAAUUCCACGAGAUCCUGCACAACGCGGAAAGAAUAGAGUUCCUGUAUUCUCAUCUCUUCGACGAGGUGAUCGUGAACGCUGAUCUUCCAAUGGCAUUCGAGCAACUAGUCAACGCAGUCCGUCGAGUGGAAUCUGAGCCGCUUUGGGUACCAGCCUCGUGGGUUCAGUAAAAAUGGUGGUCUUUAAGGUUCGAGGAACAAAACGCCCGGAAGGAAAGGCGGAAGAGGAGGGGUUCCGUGCUCGUCGCGGUUUGACGAGACCGAGCGCUUCUCGCAACGCUCGACGAUACUUUAGUUCUGCCUCCGCGAACGACGUUUCGCUGAAGAACGCCUGUACUUCUCGUCUACUGUCUCACCGAAUUACAGUUUACCACCUAGCGUUAUCGCGCCUUUACACUCGUAGAAAUUUCGUACCUCGAACGUUCGCGAGUCUUUUACCUGUUUCGAAAAAAAAAAAAAAUUAAAUGAAAUUUUUCUAUUAUCGGAUGCCGCGCGUUCGUUGUCGAUGAUCGUUGCCGGUUCGCACGUGACGACUCAUCGCGAAAGGGACGCGACGCGCUUCUCCUCAACUAAAUUAAGUAGUCAAGUAUGAAAUGUUGAAGUAAUUUCGAAGAUACGCUCCAAGUGGUUCAAAGUCGUCCAAAUCCCACCUCUUGUUUGCCGGGUAACUAUCAGAAAUCUCAGCGACACUGCGCGCAUUUUUAAUCUUAGAACCCUUACUGCCAGACGCUUCACCAGCGGCGGGAGAUCUCGUAUCACGCGAUCAAAAGGAAAGCGGUGUGACUUCUCUGAUCUCGUCGCGAGUCUCUCUAUUCUGUAUUAUAUUCUAUCAAUGCACACCUCGUGAAAUUCCAGUCUUGAGACCACGGGAAUCUCGCACACCUCGGUGCUCACCGGUGCUCACGAAAUGGGACUCGUUGCCGAGGUCGCUUUGGAAGGUUCACCAAAGUCAGGAGAGUCACCGCCGUGGACGAUCUUUGAUCUCGAUUGUUGUUAAUUGUUGCCAAAUAAGUAUUGUACUUAGAACGCGACCGAAACGAUCGCUCCACUGUACUUAUUGUAUUUUCCACACUCGGUCAGCAUUGCCACGAUAUUAAUAUUUUAUUUUAUUCUUUUCCAUGACAAUGGAAUGCCAAUGAAAGAAAGAGGCUGUACGCUCUAUCGAGUUGACGUUGCAUAAUUCACCCUUGAUGUAAACUCUGCAUGUUAUCGAAAUAUACCAUUAAACUUUGAA